ACCGAAUUCAGAGCGUUCGGAGAGCGUCGGGAAAGGAGCGAUCCGAUUGGCUAAUCAGAAAUGAAACGAAGCAUCGGGGAGACUAGAGAGAGGGGAGCUUGCAAAGAGACUGCGGAUGUUGGCAUGGCAAGUAUGUUCAGCCUCUCCGAAUCAGAUUCAGACUUGUCUGACGACGAUCAAUCCCAGCAUGCCUCGGGAGGAGAGGUGGGGGCAGACGUGAAACAGAGAACGAAGUCACUGACGGCACCCCGCCCGGAGCUGGAGAGUCGCCCCCGGGGGACGUCGGAGUCACAGGCCUCCGACUCGGAGAGGGACGACACCCUGGGCCCGUUCCGGGCACGCUCGCGCUCCGCCCCCGCCGCUCUCUGGGCAGCCCAGAAAUACGGGCGAGAGCUUCGGAGGAUGAGUGACGAGUUCGACAGCUGCCUGGACAAAGGGACAUUCAAGAGAGUGAGAAGCGCCUGCACGGCAAAGCAAAUGACAACCUCCAGAAGCUGGUGGACGUUUCUGUGGAACAGAAAACAGGCAGUUGAGCAGACGGCCCAGGGGGUCCUCGAGGGGCAGUGACAGGCCUAGCCGGCAAGCCAAAGGAACACUCCGCCAGCUUGCAGGGGCACGAGCCCCAGGGACUCGGGUUCGGGGGAACGAGAGGGCUGGGGGAUUCGUCAGCACACAGCGGGAGCACAGAGCAGACUCCAGUCCCGGAGGAGCGCUGCAGGGUCUCCUGGCUUCCAUCCCAACCUGAGCUCCUCGAUUUAACAUCCUCCAUCUAGUUAUUUGUUCAGUUGUCCAGUCUCCCCCCCCCCCCCCCCCCCCCCCCCAUAAGGUUGUUUUUUUUUACAGUUGAAACAACUGUGAGGACCGGAGACUGGAAAUGGGUCCCAAUUAAUCAGAUAGUAAUGAGAGCAGGUAAGCGAUUUUGAGAGCUCGGGGUGGAACGGAAGCCACAAGACACCCCCCCCCCCCCCCCUCCCCCCCCCCCCUCCCCCGGUCUACUGUGUAAGCAGGAUACCAGCAGGGUUUUCUUACUGUUGUAUUUUUAAUUGCAGAUUACAAAGUACUUCCAUUGCUACAGUCCUUUCCACAUGUACUGUUAUUUUAAGCUGAACGAUCGUAGCAUCAAGCCA